AUGGGUGCCGCAUGUGCACUGCAGCAAGGCGCCGAAGCGGGCCUUUAUCGUGAGCAGCGUUUGCAUCUUACUGCCGAACAACUGCAGCAAAUUGGACAGCAAGACGCUUCGCAAUGGGGCCAACAUAUUAAAGCAGAAUUGCGGAGAAUCGCGUGGGUAUAUUUAAGAAACUGCCCAUCCGAAAAAGUAGACCAGUACUGCGCUGCAAAAUUGUUGGGGUCCAGUUGCGAAAGAGCCACCUGCUUACGGUGUGGAGUGAAAAAAGCCAAUAUUAUUACUUACAACAAAAAUCAUUGCUUAUUAGAAAGUAUUAAACAAAAUAUAAUUUCCAACCGUCCACGUAUUGAACUCUGCAGAUCAUUUGGUUGUGAUCCGACAAGUGGUCAGGAGCCAUCAUCCAACAAUUUGGUCACUUUUACCACACAACCAAUCUGUACAGAUUUAGAAGUACCUACGCCACCCGAUUCCGAGAUCACUGCUGAGUGGAACCCUGAAGCAAAUCACUUUGGGGACAACGAAUGGUCUACAAUAGAAAUGAUAAUCAGAGAUAUAGAGGACAAUGCACCAGCUCCUAUUGCAACUACAACUGCCCAUCGUUUUUCCGAUAACCAAUUGGUUCCCUCCACAGUGCAACUUGCGGAUAAAGCAGUCUUAGAAGGACAGAUGGUGCCCGACACGAAUCUUUUUGAAUUUGAUAACGGAACAAACAAAGACCCAAAUACUGACAACAUUGAAUAUUAUGUAGUAGAAGAAAAUACCAUUGAUAUAGACCAUAAUGAAUCUUUUUCCUUCACCUCACAACCACUUGAUCGACCAUGCUUGGAACAGAUUGUACCUCACUCUGAUGUCUUUAAUGAAUUUGACACUUCCACCUCUGAAGAUCAAAAUGUUUCGUUCUUUGUUAUCACAGAUCACUCCUACACACGAACUUGCAUAAGAGAUAAUAAAGAAUCCUAUCAUGUGGCACCUACAACAAAUGGUGAUUGUGUGCCAGCAUCCAGCAGGCGAUCAAUCCCCUUUGCAGUACAACCACUGUAUGAAAUGAGCUUAGAAGCGCCUAUUGAACUUGAUUCCGAGACAUUUGAAAUAUUAGACGUGGAUACUUUUCAAGAUGUGGCCAUUGAAAACGAACAAUAUGUUAAGGAAGAGAUGAAGUUUAUGUAAGCAGAUGGUUUGCCUACGAAGCUUUCAGCUUUCUGGAAGACAGGGAUUUGCCGAGAAAGAGACUUGCCACGGAGGCGGAUGAUGUACAAGAUGGCGUCUAUCCAGUAGACUCGCCUGUCGGGCAAAUUGAUCAAGAAGCAACACAGAGGGAAGAAGAGACACAGCCACCUUCUACGGUCAAAUCUGAUAAGCGAGUGAAGGGGAAACGAGAUGAUAUCAGUUCUCCAAUGAUGAAUAGUGCGUUUCAGAUAUUGGCAGCUGCCUCAAAAAAGUUGGACAUGAAACCGUGUCCUGCAAAUGAAAUUGAUUCAUUUUUCACAUAUGUCGCUACGAAAGUUAACAAAUACCCUUCUGAACUACAACAGGUGGUUCAGCACUCCAUUUUUGAAGUACUUAUGCAUGCAGAUAGAGGUUUGCUUUGUUCGCCUACUCCAGCUUAUCCGUAUCCUACUAAUUGGCAAAACUCUGUAGGAACUGCACCAAUUGCCACCGCCCACAUGUAUUCACAGCCUACACCCCAUUCUCAACCUCCUUCCCUUAUGCAUUCCCAAGCUACUCCCCAUAUGCAUUCUCAACAUAGCCAUCCUGUGUAUUCACAGUCACAGCAGGAAAUACCUCCUGCUGCUACACCUUCAACAUCUGGUCAGUCUUUAUCUGUGCCCUCAUCACAACCGUCUCCUGAUUUAUCAACGACGUCAGAGAACUUUGAAGAUUUUCUGUAAUGUACCUUUACUUAUGUGUUUCCUAACUUUCUAAUUACAUUUUAUUUGUAAUUAAACUUAAAAUUUGACCAAAAGAAAUUCCUUGUAUGUGAAUGAGUUAUUAAAUAUGUUACCUUAAUAUAACCCUGCAAUUCCGUCACAAG